AUGUCUUGGGACUCGUACAUCGACAACCUGAUCGCCCAGACGAAGGACUCCAGUGGCUCUGCACACGUAGACCGGGCGUGCAUCAUCGGUUUGGACGGCGGCGGUGCGUGGACUACAGCUGGACACUCGGCCGCCUUGAAGCUACAGGGGUCAGAGGGGGCAAAUGUCGCCAGGUGUUUCAAGUCAAAGGAUUUCUCUACGUUCAUGACGAGCGGCGUUAGAGCAGAAGAUGUCAAGUAUCAGUUUCUCAGAGAAGAAGACACAAAAAUUGUCUAUGCAAAGAAGAAGGGCUCUGGCGCGCUCACACUCCAGGCAUCAAAAACAGCCAUCGUCAUAGCACACUGUCCCGAGGGUAGCCAACAGGGAAAUUGCAACAAGGGAGUCGGAGUUAUAGCAGAGUACUUGGAGAGUCUCAACAUGUAG